ACAUAACAAACACACACACAUUAACCAUGAUUAUAGAUUAUAUUGUUAACAAAAUAUAAAAACAUAAAACAAAAAAUUUCUGCAACAACCGCAUAAGAAGAAGAGAGUGAAAAUAAUAAUCAACAAAAACGAAAACAUCGUCUUCUCCAUCGGAAUAAGAAAUAUAUUAGCUAUCAUGCGUUUCAAGAAAGGGACUAAGGUGGAAGUGCUAAGCAAAGCUGAGGUGCCUUCUGGCUCCUGGCUAUGCGCAGAGAUCAUCGGUGGUAAGGGCCACCGUUACACUGUUAUGUAUGAGGGAUUUCGAGGUGCUAUGGAUGAGGAAAUUGUGGAGCUAGUAUCGAAGAAAUCGAUAAGGCCGUGUCCGCCGCCACUUGAACUUGUGGAGAAUUGGACUCCAGGUGAUAUUGUAGAAGUGUAUCAGAAUUUCUCUUGGAAGAUGGCUACGGUUUUGAAGGUUUUGGGGAAAAAGUACAUUUCUGUCAGGCUACUUGGAUCUUCUGUGGAAUUUCAAGUUAGCAAAUUUGAUAUUCGGGUCAGACAGUCGUGGCAAGAUGACAAGUGGUUUGUGGUUGGAAAGGGUUCUGCUAGCUAUGAUAAUGGAAAGCGUUUUAGUACGCAACUUCAGAAGCUAGAUACAAAGACAAAACGGUCAGCUUUGACUUACUAUCAACCUGAAAAGGAAGAACUUAAUAAUCGGGAGUCCUGUCCUGUUUCUUUUAAAACAUUGAAACGAGGACGCCAUUCACAAGUUGAGGCAUAUGCUGAACCUCUGCCAAAGUUAAGGGCAAUUGAGGAUGAUGGAAGAUGUUACAAAGCAAGAGUUGGAAACCCACCCACACCACUAAAACAUGUACAAAAUGUCAGUUUUCCAAGACAUGUGCCAGCUGAAGAAUAUAAACAUGCCUCUGUAAACAAUAGGAAGACUGGGAUUGUUGAUAUGGACUUAGAGAGGAGGAAACAAACUGCUGCUGUGGGUUGUUCAUUUGGACAGAACUUUGAUUUAAACUUUGCCGAUAGUGUUACAUGCUCUGUUGGUAGCUGUAGUAUCACCAGUGGGAAUUCCUAUAAAUUGCAAUUUCCUGUAUCUGCAGGUCCAUUUGAAGAUGUAGACAGUUCAUACAGCGAUGCUGAAUCUACCUGCAAGAGGGGAUACAUGGAAGCUACUUGUUCCCGUCCCACACGAAAAGAAUUGGCAAUGAAAAUUCAUAGGGACAGAGUUUGAGGCACAUAGAUGUUGCUUCAAGAUGUCUACAUAUGAUAUCGGUGCUUGCCAACUUUCUCUUGAUCUAGACAAGGGAUGGCAUGUAUGUUUUGGCUCUGGAUAUGCCAAAACUUCCAUAGGAUUGUGGAGUUCUCGCAUUCUUCCAUUUCAGGCCUCCUGUGAGCCUCAGAUUUCUGUUUUGUGGAAGGAUGCAUGCUCAAAGUCUUGUGGCUACCAUGGGGUGACCUUUUAUGUGAUUAUAUAUUUGUGUGCUCAAUUGUUGAUGCAUGUCUCACUAUUAAUGUGUUGCUCAUAAAAUAAUCACUGUUAUUCCCUAUGCACACACUCACACAUGUUUACAAGUAGAAGCCAAGUAAAUGGUUAAUAUGAUAUUAAUGGACAACUUUGGAAUCCUAAUUUAUUGUGACUUUGUAGAAGAAUAUUGCAAUCAGCAUAAUCAUAAUGGGUAUUUUAUGUAAUUGCUGAACACACAAACAAAUGGUAACAUAAAGAAGCAACUCAUUUCAAUUAAAAAAUAAACUAGACAUACUCAGGAUCAAUUAGUGACAACUAUAGUAGAAACUACAGGUUGAAAAUUAGUUUCUGAUGUGAAUACCCAACCAAUGGAAAAUUUCCACUUUAAAAUUAUUAGCAACUCAUGUUAUUUUUUGUAAUUUGUGAAAUUGUUUGAUCAAUUGGAUUAUCCUUUCUGCUAUGCUUCUUCAAACACGUUCCAGAUUUCCGUUUUUUUGUUCCUUUUUUACUUUACAAGUAAUGUAAACAUGUUUCUUUCUCUUUGUGGCUGUGAGCUUACACGUGAAAGUUUGCAUUGGUUUGCUGCUAGUGCACUACUGCUCAGCAAUGAUCAAUUAGCAUAAGGUCCAAAUGGCUGUUGCAAGAACACGGCCACGUUAAAGCCAGAAUGACACAAGGUAUGGUUAUGUAGGAAUAUCCUAAGUAAGAUUAGAAGGAACAUGUGCGUUUUAAGCCUAUAUUCUCCAAUUUUGAGCAGCAUGCAUAUUUAACUGCUCUUUAUUGGCAUAUCAACUUUAGCAGCUAGUUUUUUCAUAAUGCAAAAUUUGCAAAUGCGAUGAUACAAUAUUGGUAAUAUGAUUCCCAAUGAACUUGUGAUUGACAAACGCAAUAUUGGUAAUAUGAUUCCCAAUGAACUUUUGAUUGACAAACGCCAUAUGCUGUCGACAUUGAGGUUAGCUGCCAGUUUUCACAAACUCGGAAUAUGCUAUAGCCUGUUCUCGCAUGAAUGUAUACAUGCUGCGUACAAAAUAUCAAAACUUACAUGUAAAUAUGUUGUUUCAUACUCAUAUAAGGGACGUCACUAUGCCGAUAGCACUAUAUGCUAUCUGGCUACAUCCACUGUAAUUCUCUCACCAAAACCAUGUUCCAUUGAAUGUUUGUUUUGCUACUGGGAAGUGACUAUCUGAAGAGAAGAAAGCCAGUCAUAACCGGCCAUGCCAAAUGUAGCAAAUCUUAUUUGGACAAAGGUAUGUGUAGGAAGCUCAGGACAUCUUUUUUGUGGCCCAGAUGGACCUUGGGGGGCCCAUAGGCUUCGAUCCGAUAUUACAUGAUUUUUUUUAUUACAUUCUGUUCUAAAACGAGUUUCUUCUAAAGUACUGGUAAAAUAGCUUCAUAAACUUGGAUUUAAUAAUGUUAAAUGUUUCACCUGUACUUGGUUAUCCCUGGUUGUUGUACAGAAAUAAUAUUUCCUAUUCCUAAAGCAAAGUCUACCUUGUGAUUUAACAUAUGACUAAACUUUAUCAUAUUAUCAAUCAUAAAUUCAUAAUUGAAGCAACAUUGUUCAACUAAAGUUCAGGACAAGGACACUUUGAUGAGUAUGCCAGAAUGACUUGAAACUGAAGCUAAAGUGAUUAAACCAAAUUCGGGCUCAAGAUCUUGGUUUUCAAUGAUCUGUUUGUGGCAUAGCCUUGGUACUUGGGAUUGGGAGGUGUUAAUUUGUCUAGAGAUUUGGUUGAUAGUUGGAUUUCUGGCUUUUCUAAUCAUUCAUCUGACAGAAAAUUAAAAAGAUUAUUAUAGAAAAUAGUUGUCAGAAGAAUGAUUAGCUAACAAGGUUAGCGCAUUACACAUGUGCAUAGUAGUUAGCUAACCAAAAUUUUACUCAUAAUAUUAUUUACACAAAAAUC